AUGGCAUUGCCUCUGGUGGAUAAUAUAUUUAUGAAUCGCUAUUCCACAGAGACGGGCCGUCGUUUCUCAACCGAAGGUGCGACACGGCCCAAAAGUUACAUGGGCUAUAUUCCUACACAAGAUCUCGACAAACUUCAUAUACAACGUGGAGACGUGAAGACAUUGUUGGAGCGCGGGUACAACGGUUUGGGGAGGGUAAAUGGAAGUAAGACGGAGGGAAGAGGACAGCAUAAUGGAGGAAAAGAUGGUAUUGUUAGUGAGAAUAGGCUACAGAAUGGGGAAGAAGGUAGUUGUGAAGCUGAGAAACGGCUACAGAAUGAAACAAAACGUUACAUGGAGAACAGGUUACAGAAUGAAGACCAUAGUAAUGACAUAGGGCAAAGAAUGCUUUAUAGAACAGAACAUAGCAACACCGAUGGGCAGAGAAUGCUUCAGAAGAUAGAACACAGUAACGACACUGAGAAAAGGCAACAUAAAGAAGUAACUUAUACCCCUAGUAACAAUACAAAGAUGCAUAACAAUAAAAACCCCAUCUUACAGACACCAAACCUUCCUCAUACACAACACCCAUUCCCAGACAACACUGCGGAAACCACCCCCGAAUACACCGUGCGGCUACGCAGAGAGCUACAGCCCAAAAACGCGGAAACAGAAGCCAAAAGUUUUGUCAAACCAAGAGAGCCCUCGCGGAAAGAGAGUACGGGCUACGCUCGACCGCACAGUUUUAUAGACAAUAUAGGAUGCUACACAUUUCAAAACAACUAUAGAUUCAUAAACGGCACACCAAAAGCGGAUCCCAGUUCGACUGUGUUUUCGGCCCAACCUUGUGAUACGGCUUCGUUGGGCAAAGUUAAUACUGGCGGUUUUGAUAAACGUUGUGCUGGUUUGAAAGGUGGAGUUGGUACUGAUUUGCUGGUUAAGGAUAGUACAAGUUCUCCUGUAAAGCCUAUUACAAAAUCCUUUGGUAAAACUGCUACAAGUUUCACUGAAAAGCCUACUACAAAUUCCUCAGUAAAACCUAUUACAACUUCUGCUGUUAAAGCAACUACAACUUACUCCUACAGGCCUAACAUUGACUAUCCCAUAUUAGAGACUACAACAUCUUACUCUACCGGUCUACAAAGUAGGCUAGAAGCUAAAAAAGGUUUGUCUACUGUAACUCAGAGUAAGCUUGAGGACACUCCAGUUCUUUCUGAUCUACCACAAAGUCGAAAAGAAUCUAUUGAAGCUUUCUGUUACAAAAAUCAAGAUAGACAAGAAUCUGUAAAGGAAGGGUAUAAAACUUGUCAUUUUGAUCCUACAGUAAAUUCGGCUUAUCAGAAGGCUGCUACAGGAUCUACAACAUUUGAAACUCCUUUGCUAAUUAAAAACGCAUCUACUACAUCUUCUAAGUCAGUUCCUGUAGGUAGUGACUUGAGCUUCUCCACUAAUUUUUCUACUAACUCAACUGACUUCUCUACCAACCUUACCAACUACUCUACAAACCCUUCCGUACCUACACUACCAUCCAAACCAAUUUCAAUAAACUUUCUAUCAGAUUCCAAAGAUUCUGAAGUAUCUACACAAAACAUUACAACAGGAUUUCCUCAGUUUUCAACAAAGUCGCCACAACAUCUUCAAGACACAUUACUACGUAACCAUGACGCACGAGAUGCACCUCGACGGCCGUUUUCUUGCUUUGAUAUGAUCUUAUUGAAUACGAUGAAGCCGGCCAUUGAAGUGACGUCUCUCAGCUCGGGAACUUUGAUCGAUUCAAAAGGGUCCAGUUCAAGCAAUUCAUGUUUGUCACUGGUUUCUGAAGAGUCUGGAUGUGAUGAUAUUGUAUUAGGUGAUGUGGAGGACACAGAUGUAGUUAGUGGUAUUAGUAACAAUAGAAGGUUAGAAGAAAAGAGUACCAGUGAUCUGUGUAUGCCAGAAAAGGCUCGAUUUGAUUGGAAAGACAAUUCAACUAGUCAGUUUAAGCCUACAGAGACCACAAAAGACCGUUUGAAGCCAGAAGAAAAUAGCCAAGAAGCUUUACGGCAGUCUAAAUCAUUAUCUACUGUCUACACAAAGCCUGCGGGACCAGCUAGUGAUGAAAAACGUAAAUUAUGGCAUGAACAUGCCAAGAGAUUCCAGUCUUGCACUGGCAGUAGUGAUUUACAAUCGAGUGAUAAAGCUUUUCGUAAAUUGUCAGCUGAUGGUGAUAAAGCCUUCCGGGUCUUGGUGGAUCCUGAAGCCGAGUGUUAUGAGCAACCGAGAAGUUUUAGUAAUUUUGAGUAGGUCUAAAAUUAUAUGAGUGGUGUAAAAUUUGAAAAGUUUUUGAGUUUUGCUAUUUUUAGUUUUAGCCAGGCCUAUUCUUAGUCAUAUUUUUUAAAUAGCCAGGCUUAGCCUUUAAGUUCAAAAUUUUAAAGUUUUGUUUUGACCUGAUUAUGUAGCCACUUCUACUUCAGGGGAAAUAUGUUACAAUAGUAAUGAGCUUUCAUCCUUUAUAUUUUCAGAAGCUGCCGUUCUUCACAAUCACCAAGGCCGCGCAUGGUCCGUGGUAUGAAUGCUGUGACGUUGGAUCGGAGAAUUAAGGUAACUAUUUCUAUCUAAAAUUGAUAAUAAUGUACUAAGCUAUCUUCUUAAACAUGCUCUAGCUAACACUAAUAAGAUCUUAUCUUACUUAUGCUCUACUUGGUAACAUGUACUAAGCUAUUAUCUUAAUCACGCUUUAUUUGAUUACAUGUAAUAAGCUAUUACCUUAUCUAUGCUCUAGUUAACACUACUAAACUACUAUCAACUUUAUUUAUGCUCUACUUGAUAACAUGUACUGCUUUUAUUUGGUUUUACUUUAACCAUAUGCCCUUUUAAUGUAGCCGCAUCGCUAAAGCAGCAGCUAGGUGAAGCAUGUUAAUGAAGAUGAGCUAAGAAGUUAAUCCGCAAAUUAAGCGAUCAAGUUCAUUAUAAUGUCUACCUUUGCUUUUUUUAUAGAUUACUGUUCCUUCAGGUAUUAAGAAAAUGGGUAUGACUCAUUGAAAAGGCAUAGUAGCGUAUUAGGCUUAACAUAUAAAUUUUUGAAAAUUUUAAGUUUUUAGUGGAUUACAGUAAGCUCUUGGUACAUUUUUUUUGUGAAUUACUGUAGGAUUUUGAUACAUUUUUAUUGGACUACAGUAUAGGCUUUUGAAUUUAUUUAGUAAAAAAUGGCAUCUUCUUAAAAUUGGCAUUGAUACUUAUAUUAAUAUGUAUUUUUUGUUACCUAAAAAUAAAAAAAAACUUUUAUUACCUAAAAAAAUUUGUUACCUAAACAUGAAAAAAAAUUUGAUACUUAAAAUAAAAAUUAAAAAAGUUCAAAUGUCUCUUUCAUAAUGUCGCAACUUUUUGCAGAAGGCCCCUUUCAAGUCGCCGGCGUUGAGCGAGCGCAACUUUCAGAGUCCGGAUGGGAUGCGGACGGAAGCCAAGAAGAAUAAGAUCCUGCGGCGGCAUUCCAAUCACCAAACCCGGGUGUCCGGCGCUUCUCCAGGUAUGUGA